AUGCCACCAGUGCAUGUGUUUACUUGCGGGGAGCUGCGCGGCAGCUGCGUGGAAGGCAAAGGCAUCGCCCCUGUCUGCCCUGCACCGCCGCCUGACACGCCAGCACCCAACACCAGUGCCUCCAACACCAGCGACAUGGCAGCUCUCCUGCGCGUCAAGGCGGCCUUUGCGAAUUUUGACACGUCUAUCAGAAGGCGGACGGCCCUGUGGGAUCCUGGCCUGCCCAUGUGCUCCAGCUGGCAGGGCGUCACAUGCUGGCCCGACGGCUACGUUCGCACAAUCGACCUGAGCAUCCCCGAACGCGCACCGCCUGAUGUUAUACCACUCACCGUCGGUGGUGACAACACCUCUUUUGCGCACGCCUCGGUGCCCCAUCAGCUGAGCGGGAAUGUUUCACAAGUCUUGGAGUCUGCGGCUGGUCUGGCCCGGCUCACAAAGCUGGACCUGACAAAUCAGAAUCUCCAAGGCUACUUUCCCGCCAACAUCAGCUUCCCUUGGCUGGAGGAGCUCAAGCUGGGAACGCUGCCGGAGACAUGGGCGGCACCAGGAUCAUUCCCUUCCCUGCGGCUGCUGGCAUUGGACCUAAACUGGCGCGUGACGGGUCCCCUCCCCCAGACGUGGGGGUCCUCUACCGGCAGCUUCCGGAAGCUGGAGGGCCUGCAUUUGGACCACAAUCUUAUCCAGGGCUCUCUACCGCCCUCUUGGGGCACCAAUGGCGGCAUGGCUUCACUGCACAACAUUUCACUCACCUUCAACAAGCUCACCGGCAGCAUCCCCCCUGCCUGGGGUAAUGACACGAGCGGGAGGCGUGGAUUUUCCGCACUUGAGAGCCUCGUUCUACAGCCGGGCAACCCUGGCAUGUGCGGCAGCAUUCCUCCUGGAAUCACCGUGGACCAAUGGCUGGGCGGCCCAAACAUCAGCCAGGUGGACAACUACGGACCAAAAAUAUGCCCGGGGAACCCUGCCACGUCAGCAGCCAGCUCAGCCGCCAGCUCAGGCGUCGGCACAGGGGUCAUUGUUGGAAUUGUGGUUGGGGCGGCGGCGCUGCUUAAUUUGGAGGAAUGCCCGGAGCAUGAUUCGGACUCCAUUAUUCCUCCGCAGCCGCCGCGUAGCUACGCCCCUUCCAGUGUCAGCUUGAUCAGCUUCACCACACCGGCCUCGAACAGUGGGGGUGACUCAUGGGGGGCCUCCCAGUCUUCUGGGGAGCUCGAGCUGGUUUCCAUGGCGGGACAUAAGGACUGGGAGCUUGAUCUGGAUGCACUGGAGGUGGAAAUGGACGAGCAAGGCAAGGAGGUGGAAUUGGGUCAUGGGGCUUUUGGGGUUGUGGUAAAAGGGACGUACAGAAUGGCGCCAGUGGCAAUCAAGCGGCUGAAGGACCAGUCACCGGGCCAGCAGAGGGCAUUCCUCAACGAGAUGGCCAUCCUGCGCGCAUGCAGAGGCAGCCGCUACAUCAUUCCCUUUGUCGGCGCCAGCCUGUUGCCGGGCAACACGAUUCUGGCAAUGGAUUACAUGGACAAUGGAAAUCUGUGGGCUGCUCUGCCGCGCGUUGGCCGUAACGGGCAGCCAAUUUUUCAGUGGCACAACCGGGGCAAAAGAGUGGCGCACGAAAUCGCCCUCGGCCUGCACUUCCUGCACGAGCUCAAGGUAGUUCACCUGGAUUUGAAGAGCAGCAACGUGCUUCUGGCGGCUGACGGCACGGCCAAAAUAAGCGAUGUGGGGCUGUCAGCGCAGAUGGACCACUCCCACAUCUCAUCCAUGCCAGUGGCAGGCACAUGGGCGUGGCUGGCACCCGAGGUCAUUCUGAGAGGCAAGAUCACAAACAAGGCCGACAUGUUCAGCUUUGGGGUGGUGCUGUGGGAAAUAAUUACUCUGGAACGGCCCAUGUGGCGGGGCAACCUCAGAGAAAUCAGGGUGCCAGAAGAGGCGCCGCAGGAGAUUGCGGAUCUGGUUUUCCGGUGUACGGCGCGGCCGGAGGAGAGGCCGAGCGCGGCCAACUGCGCUGACAUCAUCAAGGAGCACUUAAUAAGGGACGCCAGAUCAGGCGACAGCUACGAGCCUCGGAGUCAUCCCAGCGGCACUACAAAAGCCGCCACUGACAGUGGUGCCUACAGCGGGAGCACUGCUCCUGACUCACCCUGA